UGUUCAGCAUUCAGUAAAUCAAUAUCUGUACAUAAUCACACCUAUAAACCUGCAAUAUUUUUUCAGAACGUAGUAAUCUCGACGUUAAUUCAGUGCUGAUUUUGAUGGUUAUACACUUAUAGUGUGACACUUGCUAUCACAGCUAGUUCUACAAUAUCGUGGUGCCAGUUCGCACUUGAGUUCGUUACAUUAAUUAAUACGGCAUUUCGAGAUGCCGCGGAUCGCAACCCUCGUGCUUUUGGUUUUUUGCAACUCACUGGUCAUUAUGGCCAAGCUGUCCCCCAGCAAACCCGGGGACAACGAAAGCCGGACGAUCGCUCUGCAAGCCUUUGUUGGCGGCCUGGAUGCCAGUAAUAAACCACCGGCUCUGCACUGCGGAGUCAGUCCCGGUACAUUGGUCAACCUCCAGGUCAACAGCUACCAAACCGAAAAGCAGAAGGACGGCACGCUCUAUGUUAUGAAGGUUGAUUUAUUUAUUCCACAAAAAGUUGGCGGUACGGUCAAGAUCAGGACGAUACGCAACAGGGAACUGGACGCCUUCAAACCAAGUGGAGGGGAUAGUUUUCAGAACUUCAAACCUCCAGUUGUCAAGAAAAACCCUUGUGAUGGCCUUAAAUUGAACACCGGCUGAAAAAGCUGGAUUGUACCGUAGUUCUUUGAUUUAUGCGCUUAUUAAUAAUGCAGAUUUUUCCUUCGAUAUCGAAUUUUAGUUUGCAUACGCGCUGCGGCGCUUUUGCAGUUGAGCGGUUAUGGGAGUUUACGUGGUUUUGUUUUACAGCCGCAGGCCGCAACAAUGUGCAGGGAUGCCGUUGACGUUAGCGGAUCUGGGGCUUUGCUUUGUAAAUUACUGCAUUCAGCGUUAGCGCACAUUAAAUUGCAAUGUUAGCUUAUCCAGCGUACUUACAUUAAUAAGUGAUUCUUGCCGAAGCUACUUCAACACUUUUUGUAUGCAGAUA